CUCAACUGGAUCAGUUGGAUAUAAAUCACGAAGGGAAGAUCCAAACGCCGGAUGCUAUCGUAAAUUUGCACAUGUCAUUUUUAUGAUUUUCUCGGUUCACUGGCACCGGGACUUUCGCCAACUUCAUAAGGUGCCCUUCAGAGCCCAGUGUUUAGGGGCCAAGUCGAGUGUGUUGGUGGAUAGUCAAUGGGAAAUUAGUUUGAGAAAGUUUGUGAAUGUGAAUGAGGGGUAAACAAUUGUUCGCCUGUCAUUAUGGAGAAUUUCGAUGAAGUUUUUGUUCUGUUUGGCUUUCGCUGAGAUUCAGGCCGGAGGGGUUUGUCAGCGGGAUCCAGUGGUGGUUAAAUCGACAAUGAUAGAAGCGACUGUUGAUCCGUGACUAUGAGCGCUGGGCAAACGGGAAUAGCCGAGUUCGGCGCAAAGGCCACAAAUCGACACACGAAACUGUUGAUCUACCUCGUGUGCGCUCAGUUUGUGGUCCAAGUCACUUGUUUUUUCUAUCUUUACGGAUAUAUUACGAGGGUGGACAGCGAGGUACAUGAGAAUCAAAUUUCCCAGCGAGUAGUACGAGAAAAACGAAGUAGCGCACUGCCAGUACCUGAGGAAAACGCUGUAUCGGAAGUAUUCAGGCUACGAGAUGAAAAGGAGCUGGGAAGAGAAUCAAAGAGAGCUACUGUUUUGCCAGACGGGCCCGUCGGGGACACACCAGCACCGCCUUCAGCGUCCAUUGGUGGUGACAGCUGGGUCUGGCUGACGGCUGACACUCGGGUUCCCUUCAACGCAAUGGACGCCCUGUGCCGGAAAUCCGCGGAGUACUGUCCACCGGGAGCACCCGGAACUCCCGGCCUUCCCGGCCUGAUAGGAGACCGUGGACUGCCGGGUAUUCCUGGCCCAGUGGGUCCAGAUGGUCCCCGAGGAUUGCCCGGUCACUCCGGUGAACGUGGCCCGCGCGGUGAAUCCGGACCCACCGGUCUCGACGGCAGAGAUGGAAUACCUGGUGAACCUGGACUCGACGGUGUCCCUGGUAGAAAUGGCGCCGAUGGAUUACCCGGUCGUGAUGCACAACCGGGUCGCGAUGGUACACCCGGUUUACCCGGGAGAAAUGGCACUGACGGUAAACGCGGUGCCAAGGGCUCACCAGGACCUCCAGGACCGGUCGGACCGCCGGGCGCCCAAGGACUGCGAGGCAGCCCAGGAACUCCUGGCCAGGAUGGCAAGCCGGGUAUACCUGGUGUGGUUGCGUGGGAAGUGAAGCGCAGGAACGACAGCAAGUCAACAGAACUUCUCAUAGCACCGUCUAUCAUGGGCGAGGGUUUACCGAAGCCAUUGAUCGCGGUGAGAGAGGGCUCCCAUCUUCGAUUGAAAUGUGGAGCGAGUGGAAAUCCACCCCCUGUUGUUCAAUGGUCCAAGGAGAGAGCUGCGAUACCAAUGGGCUCCUGGCACGUUUCAUCGGUGAUUGGAGAUACGUGGAACAUCACGAAGAUCAAUAGAGAACACAUGGGGGAGUAUACAUGCAUUGCUAACAAUGGUAUCCCUCCGGAGUCUCGUCAUACAUUCCGCCUCGAGGUUCAGUUUCCCCCGGCAAUCAGGAUAUGUCAUGAAAUAAUUCGCGUCCUCCCCACAUCCCAAGCAAACGGUAUUACAAUGGCAAUUUUGGAGUGCGAUGUGGAGGCGUUCCCGGAGCCGUUGACCUGGUGGGAGAAAGACGGGGGUAGAAUCCUGGAUUCCUCAAACAAGUAUCGAAUGGAAAUUUACGACAAGCAUGACAUGUACAAGUUUAAGAUGCGGCUGAACAUAACGAAAAUUGGCGAAUCGGACUAUGGGACGUAUUAUUGUGGGGCUAAGAAUAUCAUCGACGUGACGAUGGGAAAAUUGAUGGUGCAGCAGGGCACAAGACGAAUCGGAAUGGGCUACACCGACGGCCGGGAACGUCACGAGGUUCUUUACGGUGCAUCAGCCCCUGAAAAAAUCGAUUUAGUCGAUCUUUGUCCACCUCAGCAAAAGUGUGAGUCCUGUCCAAGUGUGAAGUGCGGAUAUUCCGGGUCUGGUGGGUGCUUCGACAUAACACGUCUCGUCAGCAAUAUAACUUACACAGGAUUGCCCCACAGGGCAGCAGAGGGAGUGCUGGACCUCAUUGGAAAGCCGGUCUACAAGGGCACGAUGGAUGAUGUUCACGGGUAUUGGAUGUACGAUGCUUUAGCCAAAACAGAGAACAACACGGAAAAUAUCAAGUUCUGGGUUACCCGGAGCAAUAACACGUUUUAUCUCUACGAGUAUAACCGCAGGGAAGAUGUCAAGAAUUCGAGACCCAAAUUACACAAACUUCCGUAUCGAUUCAAGGGCAACGGACACGUCAUCUACAACGGCUCAUUUUUCUACAAUCCCGAGGCUCGACCCUCGAUCUACAAAUUCGAUCUGACUAAUUCCAACAAUUACCCUCACACAAUCCGGGAGCUCGUACUUCCUGGUUUAUCAGUCUGGAGUGAUAACUAUCUGUACUCCUCUGAUCACGAGAGCAGUUUCGUUGAUUUCAACGUCGAUGAGAAUGGUUUGUGGGUGGUAUACGGUUUACCACUGAAUUAUACUGCAGUAAUGAAGGUCGAUGCUGCUCACAUGAAAGCACAGUAUGCUUGGAACAUAAGCCUGGAUCACCACAGAUUCAGUGAAAUGUUCAUUGCGUGCGGAGUACUCUAUCCCGUUCACAAUGUUACAGACUCUGCUAUGAAAAUCAGUUUAGCCCUGGAUUUGUACAGAAAUGCUAUCCUCAGCGUUGAUUUAUCACUGUCUAAUCCAUAUCGCAAGACCACCAUGAUACGGUACAAUCACAAGACGAAGGAAUUAUACACAUGGGACAGAGGACAUCUACUCGCAUAUCCAGUUAAAUAUCAGGAUAACGCAACGUUGACAUCGAUCACUUAAUCGUCGAGUAAAAAUGUAAAAAAAAUCGCUAUUAUUAAAAAUUCUUGAAAACAA